ACGUGAACCUGUAUGACAAGAUAAGAUGACACAAGUGUGCUUGAUGACUCACCAUAAGGACGUGUAUAUGUGCAUGUAGCUGUCCUUAGCAUGGGUGAGCAAAAACUAGGUGCUCAUUUUUCCAAGUCCACCGAGAUAUUGAGGAGAUAAUAAAAGAUGCGGGGAAGCAGUGUUCCCCUCUUACUAGAGUUGCAUCAAGGCAUCAAUAUCAAUUCUAAUUACAGGCUUGUCGUGGGAACAUCAGGUGCAGAACCCUCCUCAACUAACGUUUAGAGUCAGGGACUCUGAAAGCAUUUCAUGCGAGACUUGAAAUACUUCCUGUUCAUGGUCAUUGACGGUAAAUGCUGGCGGCAACUUCUAAGCGUAAUACUUCAUCUCUGAGAGCCUCCCUUCCUUCCUCAAGCCAGCGACAGUAUUCCACAGCCCUGAAUAAAACACCGCUUUUACCCUUGCUCCGUCCUUUGCCUCUCCCCCCACUGCCUUUGGGUCUACCUCGAGUUGGCAUGUCAAGGAUAGGUGCACCAACAGGAGCAAGUAACGAUAUAAGUUGAGCAUAGCCAUCGCGAAUGGCAUUUCUGCGCUUUUGCUCGGACAGUAUGUGGUUCAGCCUCUUCUGAGGGGUAGACAGUGGUGGCUUUACUCGAGACGUCACCUGAGAGGAGACACUGUUUGGAGUGGACUCGGCUACGAGAGAGGGCUGGAUGGAGUGUGAAAGUGGUAUCGACAGCUGAUCAGUGGAUCGGAGUCUGGCUUUUGUGCUGAGGCCAUUGAGGAGGUCGUGGGUGGAUGGCUGCAGUGAAGCAGUUGAGUUAAAACAUAGCGGUAGAGCAACAGGUGAAGUGCUGGUGGGCGAUGGUGGAUACACAAAUUCACGAUUGGGAUGUUCGUUUGCAAGUGGGUCACAGUCGAAUUCCCAGUUAAAGUCGUCGAGAAAACCAAGUAAAUCUGUUUUUUCUGAAGGCGAAAAAAGGUCUGCGGAGGAAGGUAAAGGCAAAGAUGGGGCGGGGAAAAGGCCUAAAAGGGCAGGGUCAAAUGUGAACUCGAAUUCAGAGAAGGGGACAGGCGGCUGAGGCGGAAGGGAGGACAUGGUCGCGGUAGCGGAAUGAAAAGGUGUGCCGGUUGGACCGGCACAAACAGGAAUAAAUAAGUAAAUAGCUAACCGCUCCGACGACCGUGCGGGAUAACUUAUAUACCUUCUUCCCCGAACAUCUACGGACCCUGCCCGCCCCGCUACCAUGUCGGCCCUCAGUGAGGCAUCCACACCGGCCCAAGACACGGCUUCGGCCUCCAUUGAUACACAACAACUUCAGCAACUUCAUGCUGCAGAUCUCCAACAGCAAGGACAACAGCUCCCAACAGGCGCGAAUUCGUCAGCGAACGAGGGAGGGAGAAAACCUAAGGCACCUUCAGUCCGACGAGCAUGUACCGCAUGCCAUACUGGAAAAACAAGAUGCAGUGAGGUAUUACCCUGUCAGAGCUGUCUGAAGCGAGGUUUGGGAGCAACCUGUGCUUAUCCUGAUCCAGAUACUCACGACCAAAACUCGUCGCACCAUCCACCAGCAGUACCAGCAUUCGCCGCCCCUCCUAUAGGCUAUGUUCACGGUGCACCCAACCUGAACCACCAACAGUACUAUGAUUAUAAUGGUGCUUUCACUGGCGCUUCUACGUCCACCUUCAGACCGAACAAGAGACCACGUAACCUUACAGAGGAAGAAGCGGCAGCUAUCACACGCAACUUCAGCCGCGGCGACUUUUAUGUAGGCACCAGUGCUCCGGUUCGUAUUGAUCCCCGUCUACCUGUUCGUCUGACACUGGGAGAAGGCGAUCAUGUGCAUUUCAGCAUCACGGAGACGCUGGGGUAGCCACGGGUUUCUUGUGCUUUUUCUUUCUUUCAUCUAUUGUACUCGUUAUCGCUAUUGUGCUUUGUAGUCUUACCUGAUGUACCGUUAAAAGUAUGUUCAAUUUCAACAUCUCGAAAUAUUGAAUAUUGUUACAAU